UUUUUUUCAAUGCCACCCUCUGUAUUAAACUGUCUCCAGUCUGGCAAUCUCGGUGAAAAUACUAUCCUCGUAACAUACACAUUACACGCAGAGAUAUAGUCAUAUAGAUAUAUAUAUUUAUGUAGAGAGAGGGAGAAAGACUUGAGAUCUCUCCUGGUGAAGGGUUCAUUGUUCUGUCACGACUAGCUAGAAAGCGAACCCGCCAAUGAGAUGGAUAGAAAAUUAGAAACGCAGAGCUUUUUCUCGGAAUAAUUAAAUAACAUUUCUUCAAAGAAAUUGCAUGUGAAACCUCUCUACCUAUAACCCAGAGUCACACGCGAUCAUAUAUAUUUAUAUAGAUCACUCCGCUAUCUCAAGUACUAGAUUUAGAGAGAGAAAGAGACUAUUUGGAAGAACGAAAGAAAAAAAAGAGGUAUACGGAGAGAGAGUACAUAAAUAUAUAAAGGAAAAACAGAGUGAACUACUCAGAUUUCAGAGGAAGAAGACGCUUAUAUAUAUAGAGAAGUCGCUAUUUAGGGGGUGAGGAUUCAAUUUCUUAAGCUACUUUGGGGAACGACUUGUUCCCGAAGGUCUUCUGAGUAAUUUUAGGUUUGAAAGAUCUUUGAGGAAGCAAAGUUUUGGCAUUGUGUAGAGACUGCUAGCAAAGCAAAUAGGUUGAGAUCGACUUCUGGAAACGCCAUUUCGUUCUGGUCGGUUUCGGAAGUCAAGUUUUUUUCCACUUUCCAACGCUGAUUGUGGAACGAAGAGUCCAUAUUGGAGUCAAUAGUCAUGGUAAAGUCCGUGAUUGAAUUAGGGUUUUGAAUUUGACGACUUUGGGUGGGGAAACAUUAUUACCAAAUAGCAGAAAUUUGCUGAUUUAUUUCUUUAAUAGCCCCUCUUGGUCAUGUAAAUUAGAACCAAGGAGUAAAAGAAAGAGGCGGGGGACAUCAGAGCUUGUUUCUCAUACCAUGUAGUUUUGGGUAUUGUUCUGGAAAAUGUUGUGAGUUGGAUGAAGUUAUAAAUUUUGGUUGAAAAUUAGAGGUUUACGGUUGUCGUAGUUUGGAAUGGCAGAAAAUUCAAUUGGAAUGGCGGAAAAUUCGAAAGAAAUGCGGUCUUUGGCCUUAACACCUACCUGGUCUGUUGCUACUGUGUUGACAAUAUUUGUUGCUGUUUCCUUGCUUGUGGAGCGGUCAAUUCACCGUCUAAGUAAUUGGUUGCGGAAAACUAAUCGGAAACCUUUGCUUCAAGCUGUGGAAAAAAUGAAAGAAGAAUUGAUGCUGCUUGGAUUCAUCUCUCUCCUCCUUACAGCUACCUCAAGCAUUAUAUCCAAUAUCUGCAUCCCUUCAAAGUUCUAUGAUAGUGCGUUUGCUCCAUGCACAAGGUCUGAGAUUGAUGCGGAAAAGGAAAAUAAUGUUUCCCAGGAACGUAAACUUUUGACGGCUUUUGCUCUUCCUCACUCAUUUAGGAGAGUGUUGAAUACCUUAAAUCAGAAUACCUGCAAAGAGGGUCAUGAACCAUUUGUUUCAUAUGAAGGCCUUGAGCAGUUACACCGAUUCAUCUUUGUCAUGGCCAUUACACAUGUAUCCUACAGCUGCUUAACAAUGCUGCUGGCAAUUGUAAAGAUUCACAGUUGGAGGGUAUGGGAGGAUGAAGCUCAUAUGGACAGGCAUGAUUCAUUAACGGAAAUCACGAGAGAGAUGACAAUGCGAAGGCAAUCAACCUUUGUCAAAUUUCAUACAUCAAACCCUUUGGUCAGGAACAGUGUUCUUAUUUGGGUGACCUGUUUCUUCCGGCAAUUUGGGCGUUCAGUGGUUCGUGCCGACUACCUUACACUCCGCAAAGGCUUCAUCAUGAACCACAACCUUACAUCAAAAUAUGAUUUUCACAGCUAUAUGAUUCGCUCUAUGGAAGAAGAAUUUCAAAGGAUAGUUGGUGUGAGUGGUCCGCUAUGGGGAUUUGUUGUUGCUUUUAUGCUGUUUAAUGUAAAAGGGUCUAAUCUAUAUUUCUGGAUAGCCAUCAUUCCUGUCACUCUUGUUCUACUGGUGGGCGCAAAGCUGCAACAUGUUAUUGCAACCUUGGCAUUGGAGAGUGCUAAAAUAAAUGGAUUCUUUACUGAAACAAAGUUAAAGCCUCGAGAUGAUCUUUUCUGGUUUAAGAAGCCUGAACUAUUGUUGAAGUUGAUCCAUUUCGUUCUUUUCCAGAAUGCAUUUGAACUGGCUUCCUUUUUCUGGUUCUGGUGGCAGUUUGGGUAUGAUUCUUGCUUUAUCAGGAACCAUUUGCUGGUGUAUGUACGGCUGAUUUUGGGGUUUGCAGGACAGUUCUUAUGUAGCUACAGCACCUUGCCCCUAUAUGCACUGGUUACUCAGAUGGGAACAAACUACAAGGCAGCCUUAAUACCAGAGAGAAUAAGAGAGACAAUCCACGGGUGGGGGAAGGCGGCUAGGAGGAAGAGAAGGCAUGGCAUUUUCACUGACGAUUCAACUGUGCACACAGACACGAGCACAGUAGUGUCCGUUGAGGGAUACGAUCACGAAUUGCUCGAUAGUCCUCGAGGUGCCCCUGGCGCAAGCAUAGAGAUUGAGUUACAACCACCCAUUGUUACAACUAGCCCUCCCACAUUUGCUAACGAGACUUCCAGUCGGGUUGGUACACCUCUGCUUCGACCAUCUGCUUCUGUUUCCUCCAGUGUUACACCUAGUUAUGAGCCAGAAGGCCUUACUAGAUCCACUUCGAUGCCUGUUAGAAGACAAUGAAGAAAAGAGUGACAAUGAUAGUGACCACAAAGAUGAGAGAAGAGAUGAAACUGAAGUUCUGUUAGUAUACUUGCAGGUUGUUAGUUGUAACAUAAUUCAUAUAAGAACAAAAGAAUUAGAUAUAUUUGCUACAGGAUAGUUUAAUGUUAAAAUGUUUACUUGAGAUAAUGACAGGUAUAUGAGAUUAUAGUUUGUUUC